AUGUCUGAUGACGACGUGUUAUGUCUAGCGCGGACCAAGAUUUCAAACGCACUGGACCGCAUGUGGAAUCGUGCACCCUCGCUGCGGGAAGAUGUGACAGUCUACCGAUUCACACGACGACAGGAUGUGUAUGACAGCCAGCCGUCCAAAUCGACCAAGUCCUUUACGCUCAACAAGAACCCGAAUUUUAUUCCUAUGUUUGCCGACAAAAAAUGUUGCUUAAUGUCUCUGACAAUUCCGGCGGUCACACCAGUUCUCGUUGACGCCACCUUCCGGGAAUUGACCGAGGUCAUUGUGCCCCGGGGAACAAAAUUUCACUACGAACACGAUGAGGACAACCUAGGGUUUGCGAUGCGUAAGCACGUUGAGGCACGAGAGUCGCGCCCCGAAAACGAUUCACAUGACUUUGUUCUGGCUGCGGACACACAACAUUUCGAGUGGUCCAAAAAUGAAGUUGAUUUCGUUAACCUGUACAGUGAGAGGCCGCAUGUCUCGAUGAUGAUUGAGGAGUAUCAAUAUCACGCCCCAGAGUCCCAGAGCCCCCCAUUCGAUUUUUCGGAAAACAUGGACUCGGAGCAGCUGGAGCAAUUUUUUAAGGGGAUUUAG